GAACCCUCUAUAUAGAACAACUCCAACAUAGAGAAUUCCCAUUGAAGUUAUAAACUUGAUCAACAAUCAACCAAAAUUCAGAGGAAAGAAGGGAUGGGAGGAGGAACUGAAGCUUUCCCAGAUUUAGGAAGACAUUGCCAAUUCCAAGAUUGCCAUCAACUGGAUUUUCUCCCUUUUACAUGUGACCGUUGUCAAAAGGUGUUUUGUUUGGAGCAUAGGUUGUAUAAGUCACAUGAAUGUCAAAAACCAGACAUCAAUAGCAGGAAGGUGAUUGUAUGCGAAUUGUGUUCAGUUUCAAUUGAGACAACUGGGCAGUUUGGAGAGGCUGAGAAGGUUAUGAUGGAGCGGCACCAGAAAUCUGGGAAUUGUGAUCCCAGUACGAAGAAGAAACCUACGUGUUCUGUUAAACGCUGCAAGGAGAUACUGACUUUUUCGAAUUCGGCAACCUGCAAGACUUGUAAUUUGAAGGUCUGUCUCAAGCAUAGGUUCCCUGCUGAUCAUUCUUGCAAGAAGGAUUUGGUCGUGGGGAAGAAUGCUGGGGCUGUGGCGGGUGCAGGCAAAUGGACUGAUAAGAUUUUGGCGGCCAUGGCUGCAUGGAAUGGGAAAGAAUGUACUGAGAAUGACCGAAGUUUGAAGGCUGCCGUAUCACCAUCCUCUCGUAAUCCAUCUGUUAAAGCCUAUUGAAAAUAUGCAAAAAGUGCAGUGUUAUAUUUUAAAACCUGUCAUUGAAUGAGACAUUUCAACUGCAAUUUGUUGUUUCUAA